AUGAGAGAAGUUGAUGAGAUGACCAUUCCCCACUUGUUCAGAUGCCCAAUUAGCCUGGACUUGUUCAAAGAUCCAGUCACUCUAUGCACAGGUCAAACUUAUGACAGGCCAAGCAUAGAAAAAUGGCUGGCUGCAGGCAAUCUCACAUGUCCAGUCACAAUGCAGAAACUUGAUGAUCCAGCCCUUGUGCCUAAUCACACUCUUCGCCAUUUCAUCAAUCAGUGGCUGCAAAUGGGCAACCAAUUUGAUCCUGAUUACUUGGAAACAAUUGGUUCUUUAGCUUCACUCAAACACACCCUUGAAUCCCAUGAGGUUACCUUAAAAAGAAAGGUUCAAGCACUCGAAAAGAUUCGAGCUUUGUCCCAAUCAGAAUCACCGUACACAAGUCAUUUGUUCCUGCAGUUGGGAUUCUUGCCUCUACUUCUAGAACUUGUGUUUGGAGGAGAAGAAGCCAAACACAAACAGAAACUGAAACAGGAACUCCCUCAAGAGCGCUACUAUAUAAAGUUUCUGGAGGAUGCACUUUCCUGCACUCUAAUUCUGCUACCUCACGGCAAAUUGGAGUCUCUGAAUAUGCUCAGAGAAGAGAGCAAAUUAGUAUCCUUCCAAGCUUUAUUUGCUCACGGCACUGCCUUGAUCAGGAUGAGUUUGUGCCGUCUCAUAGAGGUAACAUCAACAUCCCCGGAGACAAAAGAACUCUGUUAUAUGUUUGGAAAGAACCAUCAGCUCUUGCAUCGGAUAUCGGUUCAGUUGCUUCAACAGAAUUCAAAUUCAGAGGCUGCAGAUGCUGGAAUCAAAGCCAUAUCAGCAUUAUCUUCCUUGGAAGAAAACAGAGAGAUUCUGGUCGGACAAGGCGUGGUAAACGGACUCAUAACAUAUAUUAAUUCAAGCACAGAAAGACGCGAAAGAAGCUUGGCACCAUUGGCAAUGGCCACACUUGAGAAGCUUCUAGGAUUACAGAGUGCAAAAGAGGCAGUGAUUAAUUAUAACAAUAACAAUAAUAAUAAUAAUAAUUUGAAUGGCGUUCAUGGUCUUGUAAAGAUGGUUUUCAGGGUUUCGGAUGAUCACCAAGGCAGUGAGAGUGCCGUUGGGUGUCUAAUAAUUCUAUGCAAUGACUCUUUAUUGGCACGAGAAGAAGCCAUCAGUGGUGGAGUGUUGACUCAGUUGCUGUUGCUGCUGCAGAGCCAGUGCAGUGGCCGCACCAAAACAAAGGCAAGAAUGCUGCUCAAGCUCCUCAGAAGAACCAACUAG